AUGUGCAGCAGGGACAGAGUCAGUCAAUCACGUUUUAUUUCGGUGUUACGCGCGCUUGAUCUGGGCAAUGUCUCCAAUCCCAUCUCCUCCAGCAGAUUAUGGAAAAACAGAAAUGAGUUUCAGUUUAAGGGUAGGGAUUAUGAUGUGAUCAGCACACUAAACAAGGCUAAAGAAGACGCAGAGGAGUGGAAGAGGGGAAACGAGGUUGAAUUGAGAGAGGUCAAACAGAGUGGUCCAAGUCGCCACUGCCAGAAAUGGAAACCUCCACCAGCAACAUGGCUAAAAUGUAACUCCGACGGAUCUUGGCAAAAAGACAGAGAUCAUAGUGGAGUAGGCUGGGUGUGUAGAGACCAAAAUGGUAGUGUGGUGUGGGCAGGAGCAAAGGCUGUUCAGCAUAUGGGCACUGCAAUAGAGUGUGAAGCGGAAGCAAUCAGAUGGGCAGUAGCAACUCUGUCUGGAUUUGGUUAUAGGAAAGUUAUUGUGGAGACAGACUCCCUGGUUCUUUGUAAAAUGAUCAGAGGAGAAGAAGAGAUAUGGCCAGUCCUAAAACCAAUCGUACAGAGCAUCCUUUAUAUUAGGGGUGGGCGCAAGUACGGAGCGGGUAACGAAUUUAAGGCGGGUAACGGGUAUUUGUGCCCAGCCCUACUUUAUAUGCUGGAAGUGAGGCAAGAGUAUCAUGUGGAGUAUUAUCUAAGAGAGGGCAAUAAGGUGGCUGACAGAAUAGCAAAAGAGUCUUCUUCUUUUAUGAACUAUGUUCCUAAGUUAUAUUCUGUAACACCAAUGUGGUUGAAAAGUACUGUAGAGGCUGAUAUGCCUAUGGAGUUUGUUUCAAUUGGUUAA